AUGUUUGCGAAGCUCUUCUCCCUUGCUACCCUCGCUACAGUGGUCGCGGCUCAGACGAGCAAUGUGACGAUCGCUCAAGUCGCGCAAGCCUUCUCGGCUGCGAGUAUCGUUCCGAUUGUGAUCCCCACGUUCAACCCUACGGGUCUUUUGGGUGUCGUAUUCUUUGACAAUACAACGAAUCUCAACGUGACAGUGACGCCUGGACAGAACCUGACGCGGGAGCAGAACGCGCUCCGCCCGACGGUUUCGUUCACGAGUAACGACACAAGCCUAGCAUCACAGACCUUCGUCUUGGCGAUGGUCGAUCCUGAUGCCCCCACGCCGCAAAAUCCGACUGAGGCUGAGAUUCGCCACCUCCUUGCGCCUAACAUUACUCUCAGCGGCUCCCUCGCUGAUGGUGCCCUCCUUGUGAACAACACUCCUGCCAUCUCAGACUUCCUGCGCCCCACCCCACCUGCGGGCUCGGAUCCCCACCGGUCCGUCCAUACACCCGAUAUUGUUCUCACGAGCGUCUGA